AUGAGCCCGACAUUCGGCGCCACUGAACUUGAGCAAGCCAUGGAAACUAUCGUGUUCAGUCAACAGCUCCAUCGGGAGCUUGAAAUCUGGAUCGGAUACACCAAACACGGCCGCAACUACAUUGACAAGCAGACUAAAGCAGUCGACACGGAACAACAAAUACUCUAUCUCAUCGAAUACUGCAGGCUAUGCUUCAGCGCCACAGAGCGCAUCAUCUCACGCUGGGUGUGCUGCAAAAGGCCCAUCGUCCAGAUAUGCGAGAUCAACGCCCCCUCAUUCCGAGGACGUACCUUUCCUCUGGAGGUGCCCUUCGAAAACGUCGAGACAUCACAUGCGCUAUCGGCUGCUUUGCUGCGACCGGGGCUACUACGUGAGAGUGGGAGGAUGUUCCACGAAACGGAAUCGUUCGAUGUGGAGAACACAGAGGCAUCACCGAAGCGGAAAGUCUUGUGCAUUGGCCAUGUCGUCGACAAAACGUAUCUAGCAUGGCCGCUAGCCCUAUCCUUCGUCAUCGCGACAGUUGUAGCGGUCACCGCAGGAGUCGCAACCCACAGCGUAUCGGCAGGUGCGGAGCUAGGGGGUUUCAUCGGCGUCGGUGUCGUAUUGUCAUGGUCGUACAUCCUGUGGCUCCUAGGAUAG